ACAGGGAAACAAGGGGAGGACUAGGAGCUCAUUGGCUUGGAGGAAAUGGGGAAUGAGUUCGGAGGAGCCACGGAGAGGGGUAGAUUGGACUGCCUGGGAUGAGGUGCAGGGCACGGGAGAGGUGUAGGAGGUACUAGUUGGGGAGACCGGGAUUCGACAGCGGGCCCAGAUGAGGAGACUAGGAGAACCUUAAUAAUGUUCUUUCAAAGUAGUCUGCGUGUGUCUGCAGAUCUCCAAGUUUUUUAGUGUUAUAUACAGGUUCAUUGAAUGUAUGAAUCCCUGAGAGAGCAUGCACUCAAAUCCAUCCAUCACUAGAAGUUUCUGGAUCCAUUUGCCAAGAAUGGGGAUUUAUAGAACAAAUUCUUGAAAGCAAACAAUAUCCCACAAUUCCCUUCCCAGGGAAAAAAGGGGGAGGUGGAGGAGAGAGUUAACAGCACAAUUCAAGGCCCCAGUCCCAGACCAGGGAGUCACAACCAUCAUUCUGGCCAUCAUUCCCAGGAAAGGUGAGAAGAGGUCUCCCCCAUAAUUCAGGACCCCAUUCACAAGAGAAGGGGUCACUCGCACAGCUAUGGACCCAAUCCCCAGUGGAUGGGGUUCCUCCCAAAGGGUCAGGUCAGGUCAGGUCAUCCUACAGUUCUGCACCAUGUUUUCAAGAAAUUGUCACUUCUACAAUUCUGGACCGCAUACCCAAGAGAAGGGUUAUACCCCCAUCUACAGCCCUGCAAUUCUUUCCCCAAUAUCUAUCAUCCGCAGCAUUUCACUUCCUUCCUGCUCCUCUUUUGCAGUACUCUCAAGUUGGUGUUCUGCUGCCCACCUUCAGGAUGAGGGCUCAUUGCUAACUGGAACACCACUCUCAAAGCCAGAGUAUGAUCAGUUCUUCAAACCUCUUCAUGCUCCUUACCGAGCCAGUGCCAUCUGCCUCAUUCGUGCCUUGUAUGGUUGCCAGAAUUCUUUGAUCCAGAAAUUGGACCAAUACGAAAACCAUGGAGUCAUCCCUCAAGGGCCUGUAUGCUCAGACUUGCCAGAAAUUCCCUUCUUUGCAGACUUUUGUACGUUUACCUUUUAUCGCUGUACUAUGAAAAAGUAUUUUGUUAAGAGGGUUAUAUGCCCAGAAGAGAUCCAAAGCAAGUCUGGUAGGACACGAACCUUCAAUGAAGAUGUCACUGCCAGUGAUAGACUUUUGCCCCCAACAAAGCCCUCUACCCAGUCUUCCACCACCGCAGGACCCCUACCUCCUUCUGGUACAGGAGCAGCUGCUGUCAAGGAUAUCCUCCUAUCAACUUCACCCCAAUCCAACUCCCACACAAGAAUACUCUUAAUCUUCUCUCAAAACCCACCUAAACCUCAGAGCAUACCAGGAAACUCCCCUGUUAACCAGAUCAGAGAGGAGGCUGAAAGUGGCCAGCAGCAAGAAGAGCUGUCCAGCCCCCAGGAGUCCCAUCUACCUACCAGCGACCUGGAAGACCUCUUCCUGCGGCUAAAGGACCCCAACGUGCAGCACUGGAUGCAGGCAAUGCAGGUGCUGCUGGCCAAGCUGAAGACAGCAGGAGAACAAGAGUUACAGGCUACUUCCCUGAAGCUGCUGAUGGCACUGAACCAUGCAAACAUGCAGCAGGAGGUUAAGCCAACAGCCACAGAAACAGUUCAGGAGAGAGAAAAACAGGCAGCAGGGAAGAAGCAGCUAUGA